CAUCAGCGAAAGCUUCCUCACGGUGAAAGGCGCAGCUCUCUUCCUGCCACGAGGAAACGGGUCGUCCACCCCCCGGAUCAGCCACAGGCGUAACAAACAUGCAGGGGAUCUUCAGCAGCACCUGCAGGCCAUGUUCAUACUGCUCCGCCCAGAAGACAACAUCAGACUGGCUGUAAGACUGGAAAGUACCUACCAGAACCGCACUAGAUACAUGGUGGUAGUGUCCACCAACGGCAGACAAGACACCGAAGAGAGCAUUGUCCUAGGAAUGGAUUUCUCUUCCAAUGACAGUAGUACUUGUACAAUGGGCUUGGUGCUGCCGCUGUGGAGCGACACCUUGAUCCACCUGGACGGGGAUGGAGGGUUCAGCGUAUCAACAGAUAACAGGGUUCACAUAUUCAAGCCAGUGUCUGUACAGGCAAUGUGGUCUGCUCUGCAGAGCUUACAUAAGGCAUGUGAGGUGGCACGCAGCAACAAUUACUACCCAGGGAGCCUUUUCCUCACGUGGGUCAGUUACUAUGAGAGCCAUAUCAACUCAGAUCAGUCGUCAGUCAACGAGUGGAACGCCAUGCAAGAUGUCCAGUCCCACCGGCCCGACUCGCCCGCCCUCUUCACAGAUGUCCCAACUGAGCGGGAACGCACGGAACGGCUAAUUAAGACCAAGUUAAGGGAGAUCAUGAUGCAGAAAGAUUUGGAAAACAUCACGUCAAAAGAGAUACGCACUGAGCUGGAGAUGCAGAUGGUGUGUAACCUGCGGGAGUUCAAAGAAUUCAUUGACAAUGAAAUGAUCGUGAUCCUUGGGCAGAUGGACAGCCCCACACAGAUAUUUGAUCAUGUCUUUUUGGGCUCGGAAUGGAAUGCCUCCAAUUUGGAAGACUUGCAGAACAGAGGGGUGCGGUAUAUUUUGAAUGUGACUCGAGAAAUAGAUAACUUCUUCCCGGGGCUCUUCGAAUACCAUAAUAUUCGAGUAUAUGAUGAAGAAGCAACAGAUCUUCUGGCUUAUUGGAAUGACACCUACAAAUUCAUCUCCAAGGCAAAGAAAAACGGUUCCAAGUGCCUGGUGCACUGCAAGAUGGGAGUGAGCCGCUCGGCUUCCACAGUGAUCGCCUACGCCAUGAAGGAGUACGGCUGGAACCUGGACAGGGCUUACGACUACGUGAAGGAACGGCGCACUGUCACCAAACCCAACCCCAGCUUCAUGCGGCAGCUGGAGGAAUACCAAGGGAUCCUGCUGGCCAGCAAACAGCGACAUAACAAACUGUGGCGCUCGCACUCAGACAGCGACCUCUCGGACCACCAUGAGCCCAUCUGCAAGGCUGGGCUGGAGCUGAACAAGAAGGAGAUCACCACCUCGGCCGACCAGAUCUCGGAGGCGAAAACCAACGACAACCAGCAGCCCAUGUCUCCCAUCUACUCCACUGACCCAGAGAGGGAGCAGCAGCUCGCAGAGGAUGCAAACAUGAUCGAGGAGACCUGUGAGAAGGAGAGAAGGAUCCACCUGGACUUUACGUGUCGAGAUUUCCACGCUGAGCAGAUGGAGGACAAGCUGAACCUGAACAAUCUCAACGGCUGUACAGCAGGAUGUUGCGUGGACUCUGUCCCCCCUGAUAACUGCCGUGCUUCUGAGGCCUUAAUGCAACUCCAGCACCCCUUGGAAAUAACUGAGUUUCCUGAUCUGACAGUGGAUGAUCUAGAAAAAGAUGCCCUUAAGCCCGAUAUGAACGUGCACUUGGUUCCCAUGGAAGAAUUCACUUCGUGCUUAAAAGACUUUCCCCAAUCCCCAAACCAAAACUCCCCAAGUCUCCAACAGAAUCCCCAGCCCGAAGUGACAGACCUCAGCACGGAUAGGAUUGAUUUCUUCAGCGCUCUGGAGAAAUUCGUGGAGCUUUCCCAGGAGAGCCGGUCACGCACCUGCUCCCAUUCCAGGGCGGAGGAGCAGGCGAGUGGAAGGAACGGGGCCUCCAAGGUGCCUGUGCUGGAAGCACCGUCUGGAAGCGUGGACGGGAGUGCAGAUGCUCAAAGGAACAGCUCUGGAACCACUCCUCAGGCAACAGAUGACUCUUCUACAGAUGAAGAACAACAAAAGGAGGUCCCGGAGCUGCCCUGCACAGGCCAUCUCACGAGAUCCCACUCGGAAAAUGCCAUUUCUGUGAAGGAAAUUAUCACAGAGAUCGAGUCCAUCAACCAGGGAGCAGGACCUGCCCAGCAGAAAGAGGGUUCAGCCAGCCUCACGCAGACACCAAAGAGGAACACGGUGCACGACCUGCCAGUGGAGGCGAUUUGGGCAUCAGAAACGGUGGAACAGAGUGAAGGAACCUGUGCUGGACACCAGGAAAAGGAGAAGGAUCCUCUGCAAGCUGAGCAAGAAACUGCCCCCUCCAUGCACCCAUCUUCAGGUAAAUCAGACCUGGAGGAAAUCAGCGUUGGUGGGGAGCAGCAAGAGCCUCGUGGCUCUGUCAACCCUGAGCCCAAGUGGUGCCCAGGCUCCGUCCGGCGAGCCACCCUGGAGUUCGAAGAGCGCUUGAGACAGGAGCAGGAGCACCAGCACCCGACCCCGGUCUGCGUCUUACCCACCCGCAAGAACUCCAGAAACGAUUCUUCUGCUGCCGAGCUCCUGCCGCGGGGGAAGAGUGAGGAGCCGCCCCUGGAGCUGGCUCCAGAGGGUGACAAAGCACAGGGUCCAGGUGCUGAGGAGCUGCUGAUGCUGCCUCCCAGGGCAGAGCUACCGGGAGGCAGAAACCUCCCUGUACCCCUCACCCCUCUGGCACGGGAGUCUCUGCCUGCAGAGCCCAGCCCGGGGCAGGAGGGAACGGUGCAAGAGCACAGGACAGUGGUCUCCUUUGAUGGCAGGGAGGAGCCCUCCCUCCUCGCAAAGAGAAUCGAGAUCAUCGAAUCCCCUCCCACAGCCAAGUGUGCAGAGCGCCUCGACGCAAGCUGGGAGCAGGGCGGGCUGGCUGCGGCCAUCACUUCUUUGGAUGAAAACUUGAACCCUUCGGUGUGCUUGGAGAAGGCACCGACCUGUCUCCGAGCUCCGACACUAGUAAAUCUCUCGCUGCCAGAGAGCGCGGUACACGAGCAGGCCACCCUCAGCCCCAGCGAGGAAGGCGGUGAGUUAGCUGUUCGCCUCGGUGCUGCUUCUCCCUCUGCCCAGGUGACCUCCACACCUUCGGCCAGCCUGGAUCGCUCUUCUUACCCCUGUGUCAUUCACUUGGAAGGAGUCACUGAGCAGAGCACGGGUACGGACGAUGAGCCGGAGGGAGACACGACUCUCCCGUUCAGGGACAGUCCCAAACUUCUGUGCAGGGGACCCGGCCCCUCGGGGCAGCUGAGCGGUGAGGACUUCACCAGCCGACACGGUGACAACGUGGACCUUCUGGACAUCUCUUUCCUGUGUUACAGCCUCCCACACACCUCCAGCAGCCACAGCGGGGAGGGACGCAUCAACAGCCCCGUGCUUCUCACCUGUGUUGCCCUCGGUCGAGAUUUUCACGGGGGGAGCUUGGAGAGGGGCUCGGGAAGCGCGUGCAGAAAGCAUCGCCUUUCCUCCCCGGAGCCCGCUAAGCAUUUUGUGGAACAGCUCAGAACAGCCGAGUGCAUUGCCCAGAGCAAGCCGGUGGAGAGGCCGCUAGCUCAGUACGCCAAAGAGUGCGGCUCCAGCCAGCAGAGUUUGUUUUCCAGUACGGAUCCGACGUGGACUAGCUCUGAGGAGGGUCCUCCGCUGCUCCAGGUUCAGGUCCUGGACUCCUUGUCUCCGGCUCAAGGUCUGGCUGUCGCACCCCGGCAGCAGCACGGGAGAACUCACCCUCUGCGGAGGCUCAAAAAGACCAAUGAUAAAAAGCGGACAACCAAUCCCCUCUACAAUACGAUGUGA